CCAGUUGAACAACGUUGCUAGUGCUGCAAAGGCCAUUCCCCAGAGGGCAAAGCCACGAGUUCAGGGAGCAGUGGUGCAUACCCUCGGUCUCGCACCCUGGGAUUGAGCCACCAAGCUGGUCUAACUGCUUUAAGACGGAUUGUCAGAGACAUCUUGAGUUUGAAUAUUCUGUCCCGUGUCUUCAUGCGGACACAUUACCGAUCAUUCCGGAUGUACUGUCAUGUGCUUAUGACAGAAGAGAACUGGACUGGGUUUGGGUUCUAGGCUCUGGCUUUGCUCCCAACUCCCUGAGACCCUGGUCGGCUCCUCUUCGGGCCUCAGCCUUGCCACCUGCAAAAGGAGGUUGGAGCAGACAAAGUCAGACGUGCCUUCCAGGUCUGGCCCGCUUUGAUUUCCAAGAUGCAUCCUAGGACUACAGGAGGGGGCAUGGCUCCGGCACUCUCAGGCUGAUGCGGUUUCACAUCAGUUUUGGCUCCAAGGUGCCUCUGACGCCAGCACUUGAACUUGACACCAGCCUCUUCCGGGCGAUCCAUACAUUGUGGUUAGAGAAGUGAGGCUUUUGGGCGCGGACAGUGAACUCAUCUCCAAAAGGAUCCAAUCCCAUGUGAUCCCGGGGAGGGCAGGGCCGUCACGGCGACACCAACACCCGCGUUCUCUUCGCCGCCGGUGGGAGGCGUCACUUCUCUCCACAAGUCAAAGUAUUUUUCUUCUUGGCCCACAGACUUCCUUCCACUCCACAAAAACCACGAUUGUGCAGAAGAGAGGGUCAACGUCCACCUAACACACGCAUCUGUGGAAAGCCCGCUAAAGGAAAACUACACUUUUCCUCUUUAGGAAGCUGGUCCUUCGCUGAAGCAGUGCCUGUAGUUUUUAAAGAGCCUUACGCGUUCCCAUUUCCUAGUCCGACACCACGCAGUUGGGACUUCCUCGCCGCCCGGCUGCGCUCAGGUCCUCCAGACCCGCCGACGCUCUAGGUGACCGCCUCGCAGGCCGGCCGGGCUCGCGCCUCUCUAGCCAGCUCGUCCUCUCUAUGAUUUCCAACCUGCUGAGGGAGUAUCUGCACACCCAUCCAGGAUUUGGGGCCCAGCUCCCGGUUGAGGCCAAAAGGGGCAGUGAGCAUGGCAGAAACACUGGAGUUCAACGACAUCUACCAGGAGGUGAAAGGCUCCAUGAACGAUGGGCGGCUGAGGUUGAGCCGCCAGGGCAUCAUCUUCAAGAACAGUAAGACGGGCAAAGUGGACAACAUCCAGGCUGGGGAGUUGACGGAAGGCAUCUGGCGCCGUGUGGCUCUGGGCCAUGGACUUAAACUGCUCACAAAGAACGGCCACGUCUACAAGUAUGACGGCUUCCGAGAAUCGGAGUUUGAGAAACUCGCUGAUUUCUUCAAAACUCACUAUCGCCUUGAGCUAAUGGAGAAGGACCUAUGUGUGAAGGGCUGGAACUGGGGAACGGUGAAGUUUGGUGGGCAGCUGCUUUCCUUUGACAUUGGCGACCAGCCGGUCUUCGAGAUACCCCUCAGCAACGUGUCCCAGUGCACCACAGGCAAGAACGAGGUGACACUGGAGUUCCACCAGAACGACGAUGCAGAGGUCUCGCUCAUGGAGGUGCGCUUCUACGUGCCCCCCACCCAAGAGGAUGGCGUGGACCCUGUUGAGGCCUUUGCCCAGAACGUGCUGUCUAAGGCGGAUGUGAUCCAGGCCACUGGAGACGCCAUCUGUAUCUUCCGGGAGCUGCAGUGUCUGACUCCCCGAGGACGGUACGACAUUAGGAUCUACCCCACCUUUCUGCAUCUGCACGGCAAGACCUUCGACUACAAGAUCCCCUACACCACGGUGCUGCGCCUCUUUUUGCUACCCCACAAGGACCAGCGCCAGAUGUUCUUUGUGAUCAGCCUGGAUCCCCCCAUCAAGCAAGGCCAGACCCGUUACCACUUCCUGAUCCUCCUCUUCUCCAAGGAUGAGGACAUCUCCUUGACUCUCAACAUGAAUGAGGAAGAGGUUGAGAAGCGCUUUGAGGGGCGGCUCACCAAGAACAUGUCGGGAUCCCUCUAUGAGAUGGUCAGCCGGGUCAUGAAGGCACUGGUGAACCGCAAGAUCACAGUUCCGGGCAACUUCCAAGGGCACUCCGGGGCCCAGUGCAUCACCUGCUCCUACAAGGCGAGCUCAGGACUGCUGUACCCGCUGGAGCGGGGCUUCAUCUACGUGCACAAGCCACCCGUGCACAUCCGCUUUGAUGAGAUCUCCUUCGUCAACUUUGCCCGUGGCACCACCACCACGCGGUCCUUUGACUUUGAAAUUGAGACCAAGCAGGGCACUCAGUAUACCUUCAGUAGCAUUGAGAGGGAGGAGUAUGGGAAGCUGUUUGAUUUUGUCAAUGCAAAAAAACUCAACAUCAAAAACCGAGGAUUGAAAGAGAAGAAAGAGGGCAUGAACCCAAGCUACGACGACUAUGCUGACUCUGAUGAAGAUCAGCACGAUGCCUACUUGGAGCGGAUGAAGGAGGAGGGCAAGAUCCGGGAAGAGAAUGCCAACGACAGCAGUGAUGACUCAGGAGAAGAAACCGAUGAGUCUUUCAACCCAGGUGAAGAGGAGGAGGACGUGGCAGAGGAGUUUGACAGCAACGCCUCUGCCAGCUCCUCCAGUAACGAAGGUGACAGUGACCGGGAUGAGAAGAAAAGGAAACAGCUUAAAAAGGCCAAGAUGGCCAAGGAUCGCAAGAGCCGCAAGAAGCCUAUGGAGGUGAAGAAGGGCAAAGACCCCAAUGCCCCCAAGAGGCCCAUGUCUGCCUACAUGCUGUGGCUCAAUGCCAGCCGAGAGAAGAUCAAGUCAGACCAUCCCGGCAUCAGUAUCACUGAUCUUUCCAAGAAGGCAGGCGAGAUCUGGAAGGCAAUGUCCAAAGAGAAGAAAGAGGAGUGGGAUCGCAAAGCUGAGGAUGCCAGGAGGGAAUAUGAAAAAGCCAUGAAAGAAUAUGAAGGGGGCAGGGGUGAGUCUUCUAAGAGGGACAAGUCAAAGAAGAAGAAGAAAGUAAAGGUAAAGAUGGAAAAGAAGUCAACACCCUCCAAGGGCUCAUCAUCCAAGUCGUCAUCAAGGCAGCUCAGUGAGAGCUUCAAGAGCAAAGAGUUUGUGUCCAGUGACGAGAGCUCUUCAGGAGAGAACAGGAGCAAAAAGAAGAGAAGGCGGAGUGAGGACUCUGAAGAAGAGGAACUAGCCAGCACGCCCGCCAGCUCAGAAGACUCUGCGUCGGGAUCCGAUGAGUAGAGGAGGCAAAUUCUCUCUCCUUGGGCUUGUCCUGUCACCCCCCAGCCUCCCCACCCAUGUUUUUGUACCAGUUUCUCAUACGAAAUGUAGCCUUUGGAUUCUGCCAUCGGAACAAGCUCUCCUGGGGGGUGCACUUCACUGGGACAGCGGGGGUGUCUUACUCCCCUGAUGCUUCACAAGGAUGGCUCUUCAUAGUUCGGGGAGAGACUGGGUGGGAGGCAGGGCAGUGCUGGGUUCAAACCCUUGUCCUCCUUUCCCGACCUGAGGGAUAUAGCUGCUUGUCCUGUUCAAGUUGCUGCCACAGGGGUCAUGUGAGCUCAGGCCUGUAGCUCCUAACUGGGGCCUAUUUCUACUUUUAUUUUGUAUUUCUGGUCUGUGGAAAAAAAGAUCAUUUAAUAAAGGGAACUGACUUUGGAAACCA